CAAAUUUUUCGAAAAAAAAGAGGGAAAACGAGCCCGUGAGAGAGAGAAGCGGCCCGAAGAGCGGCGCUGGCCCCAGCAAUUGAUGACGCAACAGCGGCGUAAGAGCAGCCAGCCCCAAGUGACAUAAUAUUCGAGUGCAGGCGCGCUCUUGGGGCGCCAAAGAGAGCCGCGCUUGGGGCUGCCAGCGAGCGACUGGCCGUUCGCACCGUUCAUUCGCUGUUGAGCAGCGGCCGUGGCAAGUUCAGACAGCGGAGAGGCGCACGCAAGGCAGGCGCCGAGCACAGACAAAAGGCCAAACAGUGAAAAGAAAAAUUAUCAAAAAGAUGAAUAAUAAAAAAGGCAAAUAAAAAGCAGCAAAGUGGAGCGCACCCCAUGAGCAAAUCAACGCCGAGACACUCGAACACGUUGCCCUGGCUGCUGCUGCUGCUGCUGCUGUCUCUUUCGCCCCGUGCGCGCCCCCUCUCGCUCUUUCGCGUCGCGUAACGUAAGCGUAUUACAAAACAAACGCCAACGUAACCGAGGGAAAUAAAUAAAAUAAAGGCGCUCGCUCGCGUGUUUCGCAGUGUAAAUAAAUGAAAUAAAUAAAUUAGUCACAAAUUAUUGAGCGGGGCUCCAAGUGCAAGCGCCAGCGCCCCCACCACCUUCCCGGGUUGCCGCGCACCCCUUCGCAAAAAAAAAAAUACAAAUUAACCCGUGUGUGCGGCGGGGUUACGUAAAGCCGACGGACAAGCGCCGUUCCAAGUUCUUACAAAACAAAAAAUAAAUAUUAGGGGCAAAAAAACACAUAACAGCGAAUGUAUCUCCCAAUUCGUUUUUUCGCACGCGUGUGGCUAUAAAUUUUUGGCAAACAACAAAAAUACACAAAAAAAUUUAAAUAAAUUGCAAGAAGAAGAGGGAGAAUUCUGUGUUGCCUUUUGAGUGUGUGUGAGUGAUUCUCGAGCAACAGCCUACCACCGCACCCCCCGCGAAAAACCGCCCCUUUUUUGGGGAAAACAAGGAGGCGCGGUUCAACAGCGACAGAUGCCUUGCUGCUGCCGCCGUCAAAACUUCUUCUUCAGUUCGACCAAAACAGCCAAAAGCAGAGCACUCAAAAGAUUAAUUCAUGGCGAAUCAAGUGGAGAAGUAAAUUAAAUUGAAUCUAUGGAAUAUAUGCAUGUAGCUCCAUGUGUGUGCCAGUGCCAGUGCCAGUGAACGAAAGUGAAGUGCUUAGUGAGAUGUGAGACAUAGAUAUUGUAUCUGAAAGAUAGAUUCUACCGCGGGGCAACGACGCAAUCUGUUGCAUACGUGACUGCAGGCAGCUACGAGAACAAAAAUACGACUAAAUAAUAAUAAUAACAGCCAGUCGGGGGAGUUCCAUCGGAUACAGCGAUGCCUCUGUCGCAGGGCUACUGCCGCAAGCCCUCGCUGCGCGCGAUGAAGGUGCUCCGCCAGGAGCAGCAGCAGCAGCAGGAUCAGCACCAGGACCGGGGUCACCACCUGCCGCCCGGCAGCCAGCCGCUGCAGUCCUACCUGCCCUACAGCGAGAGCCAGAGCGCCCUGCACUACCUGUUGGCCGAGUCCUUUGUCAAGGUGGGCAAUCUCGCACAGGCCUUCGAUCUCUACGACCUCAUAGCCAGCCGGCAGUUCGAUGGCCAUGUGCCGCUGGACAAGCUGAACACGCUGGCCAGUGCACUGACCUCGCAGAUCCGGCAGAUGGGCGGCAUUACGCACGGCAGCAGCAGCACCACCACCACCACGCCCACCGCCAAGAGCCCCAGGAUGUCGGAGAGACUGGACAUGAUGCCCUGGUCGCGGUACCACCACCACCAGCAGGGCAGGCACAGCCAGGCGGAGCAGGUGGAGCUCCUCAGGGGCGUCGGGGGUGAUGCGUCCAUGGCUGAGGCAGCCAGCGAAUCCCCGCUGGAUCUGCACUCGCCCACGCGAGAACCAAGAGUGCCCAGCCCCACGGAGGACUACGAUCCGCUGCUGUGCCCCCUGUGCUGCGACAUCCUGCGCUGCCCGGUGACCACCAAUUGCGGGCACACCUUCUGCCGCCAGUGCUGCGAGACGAUCACGCAGUGCAACAUCUGCCAGGUGCGGUUUCCGCGCGUCCAGGACUCGGUGGCAGGACCUCCCGGAUCACCGGCCUGCGCCCUGACCACCACCAUGGCGAGCGGAGCGGGUUCCAGCUACUUCACGGCCACCUCACCCUCCGCCCCGGCCAACCUCAGCCUGAUGAGCUUUCCCGCGGGCUAUGGCGUCCAGCUGGCCUCCAGUGUGCACCGCCUGGCCGCACCGCCCAUGACAGUGACCACCACCACAGUGGCCUCCACCACGGCCACGGCCACCACCACCAUGGCGUCCACUUCGGCGGCAGCCAGCCUGGAGUUGGGCGGCUAUCUGCCUGUCCACCGGCAGGGAGGCAGUGGCUCCGCCGCCAUGAAGUUCAUGCCCGACGUCCUCGUGCGCCGCCUGGUGGAGAAGUGGUGGGGCCCCGACCUGCAGGCCAAGAAGAUCAGCGAGAAGGCCAGCAGCUGCAUGCACCUCAAUCUGCUGGACGACGCGCUCAAGUUCUGCAAUGCCAGCUUGGAGAAAGCGCCUGCAAAUUUCAAGAGUCUCUGCCUGCGUGCCGAAGUUCUCCUAAAGUUGAGCCACUAUCAAAGUUCUCUGGCGGACAUCGAGAAUGCCCUGAGAACGCGCUGCACUUCACCCAAGGCCCACUAUCUGAGGGCCCUGGCUUUGAGCGGUCUUGGUCGACUGGAGGAGGCUCUGUACAACGGCUUUUUGGCCAUUUGCCUUGAUAAGAAAACAAAUCUCAGCAACUCGGAAAUAUUUCAACAUGAUCUCGCCAAGAUUCUCCAACGUCUCCUGGCCCAAAUGCCGAAGAACCGUUCCUCGAUCGGUGGCGCCACGCCCCCCGUUUUCCAGCAGCAGCACCGCAGCUUCGCAACCUCCCGGGCCCCCUAUCCCCUGCUCUGGGAGCAGGUGCGCCGGCGCAGGAAACAGCAGCACCACCACCCCCACCACCACCAUCACCACCACCACCAUGUCCACCUGGACGACGUGGAGGACGAGUUCGGGCACUACGACAACUACAUAAUGGCCGGCGACGACAUGGAGGAGGAGGUGGAGGUCGAGGUGGACGGCGGGGAGCCGGGAUCCCUGCACCUGGACGGGGACUUCCUGUUCCCCAGCGCCCUGGACUUCAUGGACCACCACCGCCACCAGCGGCACGUCUUCGAGCAGAAGCAGUUCGACCUGCAGCCGCGGCGCCAUGCCAACCGCAAGCACUGCAAGCGGAAAUGGUCGGCGGUGGUGGAGCCCCUGGGCGGCAAGGUCGUCGAGGAGGAGGACGUGGACCAGGCGGAGGCGGCUGGCGACAGUCAGCGGUGCAGUCGGCUGUUCGCCGGCGUCCUGGAGCGGACGCAGCAGGAGCUGCAGCGACUGAGAAAGCUGGACGGAUCGGCUCCAUCGCUGGCGGUGAGCGCGGUGGCCGGGCAGCUGAUCGACGCCAGCGACUUCGACUGCGUGGUGUGCAGCCGGACGCUCUGGAAGCCGGUGGUGACCCCCUGCGGACACACCUACUGCCUGGUAUGCUUGGAUCGUUGCAUGGAUUACAACUCCCCGUGUCCAUUGUGCAUGUCGCCACUUGUGGAGUUCAGUGUCAAUGCCAGUCCGAGUGCCAGUGCCAGUGCCAGUCAGAACCCGAAUCAGAAUCAGAAUCCGAAUCCGAAUCCAAGUCAGAACCACCUGCAUCCGGGCUCAUCCUCGCCAGUUCCUUUCGCGCUGGCCAAGCGGCCGGUGACGAAGUUCCUAGAAGCCGCAAUGAAACGAUUCAUUCCAGACCACUACGAGGCGCGCUUCCGCCAGGAGAUCGACCAGGAGCCCUCGGUGCCGGUGUUCAUCUGCACGGCGGCCUUCCCAGCGGUACCGUGUCCGCUCUUCGUCUGCGAGCCUCGCUACCGCCUGAUGGUGCGGCGGGCCGUGGAGUCCGGCGACAAGACCUUCGGCAUAGUGCAGCCGAAUGGCGGGAAGUCGCGCUACUACGACGUGGGCACCAUCCUGGACAUCCGGGACUGCGUGCAGCUGGGCGAUGGCUGCUCCAUCCUGAGCACGAUUGGCUGCAAGCGCUUCAAGAUCCUGGCGCGCAACGAGAAGGAUGGCUAUGAGACGGCCAAGGUGGAGUACAUCUGCGACGAGCCCAUUGCCGAUGAGCAGGUGAAGAUCCUGGCCGGCAUGCAGGGUGUGGUGCUGGCCAAGGCCAGUGGCUGGUUCGAGAGCCUGAGCACGGAGCAGAAGCACGAGAUCCUGCAGAGCUAUGGCCAGAUGCCGCCCCUGGAGCCCAACUGGGAGCUGAUCAGCGAUGGACCGGCGUGGGCCUGGUGGGUCAUAGCCCUGCUGCCCCUCUCCCAGCAGCUGAAGGUGGACAUCCUGGCCACCACCUCGCUGGAGAAGCGGCUGCGCGCCAUCGACAAGACGCUGGACUGGCUGCACGACCUGAGCCACCCGCAGCAGCCCACGCACCACCCCCUGAACCACCACCCCCAGGCGCCCCAGUCGCCGCAGCAGGCCCAUCACCUAGAUCUCGACUGCGAGGAGCAGGAGGGCGCCUCUUCCGGCUCGGAUGAGUGCUGCCUCUUUGCGGAAACCGGAAACGAGCCGCACACGGACGAGGAGCUGCUCCUCUAAGGAUGCUCGUCCUGUGGAGCAAACCGAUAAGGAGAGAAAUUAAAAGUCAGAUAUCCGCCUGAAGAAGGAGCAAAACACACACCUUUCUAUGUAAAUUCUGUGUCUAAGCCAUUUCGUUUCGUAAUCGAACGUUACAUGUUAAUCCUAGGGGCCAAAACCGAAAGCGAAGCAAAUUUAGCAGAACCAAAAUUAUCACUAGAUCAGCAACAUAAUCCUUAGCUCUAGCCUAGAACCUUGUGUGUGUACUGUAUAUUGUAAAUGUGUAUUGUGUGUGUAGAGCAACUAGAGAGCAAACUAGAGAUAUUUGUUUAGGAGCAACCCAAGUGUAAGAGAACGUACCCGAAACACCAGUGAAACAAUCAAAAACUUGCUUUUGGCUCAAGCCCUUGACCCACUUACCCAUAAACGCUAACCUAAUUUCCCUCGACCGAUACAACCACAUUCCACAAAUCUAGAAAACAGCUGAGGAAAGGAAAUAGGCAGGAAUAAAUAGCGAUAAACUCUAACAAGCAAAACUCAUGGUUUCUACAAACAAGAUACACAAAUUUUUGAACAUAAAACAAUUUUAAAAUCACUAAGGAAAUACCAAGUCAAAGGCCAACAAACAUACACCUAGAGAACAAAACCAAUCGGAUGGGAAAGAGCCAGGGAAACAAACUCCUGAGGAAAAAGUUCAACUUCUUUUCGUUUACUUUGUAUAAAGCGGCUGGAACUCUAAGACAAUCUGCAAUAUUUUUUUGAUAUACCUAAACGAAACUAAAGCUAAAAACUAUAUAUACAAGAAGUAAUUAAAUGAAAACUGAACUAGCAACUAGUUAUGAACGAAGCGAGUGGGAGAACCAAUGUGUAAAGAAAUUUCAAAUUGCCUUUUGUUGAUUAUAGCCCCUUCACUACGAAUCCACUCUUAACUCCGACCCUCUCUAUAGCACCCCUACUCUCUCUUGAUUAUGCCUAGGCUAACUAAAUGAUAUGCUCACCUAUAUAUACCUACUAUACAACGCUAAUGCUUAAUGCUUGUUUCUGUAUUCGUAUCUGUAUCUGCAUCUUCAGCCCGCAUUCCUAUUGAAGAGAUAGCUCUGAUAUAACUCUGAGAGCAUUAGCUAGAUCUUCGCGUCUUUGAUUUCUACUUCUACUUUUAAGCCUCACGCUCAUUUUGUUUAUUCUUUCGAAGCCUUUCGAGCUCUCCCUAUAAAGCAAAUAAAUUUUAGAAACAGCAUUUGCUUUAUCAGUCGGCACAUCUUUAUCUUUGUAAAUAUCUUUUAUCGGAUAAUUCUUAAAUUAUAUGUACAUCUUCUACGUUAACUAUAGAACACGAAUUUAAUUUUCAGCUCAACACAAAACCAACAAGAAAUCAAAUAAAUUUUUGUCAACUAAAUAUUUAUGUAAUUUUAUACAAAAUAUACACAUAUGCUAAAUUAAAUCAUUUUGUAUUUAAGUUUAGAAACUAAACACAAAGCAACCCAACA